AACUUCAUAUGUUGCACAGUGUUAUUCAGAAACGUAUUGAUACAACUGAUUAUGUACUUUGGACCCUAGUAGUUGCUGCUAGACCUUACCAUUCGCAUGGCUGAUCAUGUGGAUAUUUUGCGUCUCCUUUCUGAGGAAGAGUUUCAAGAAUUACUACAAUUAUAUCGGGAUAAAUAUGGAGAAAAGAAUUUCCAUUAUAUCUUGAUGUAUAAUCAAAACAAAUGGAAUCAGCAAUUGAAGAAUUUAGAUAACAAAACGGAGAGUGGUGACGAAAAUGGAUGGCUUCCUUUCCGUAAAGCAUUCUACACUUACAGAAAUGAUGAUUUUAGAAAAUACGGUACCUAUGUAAGUCUACACUAUGAUAUGAUGCAAAGCGUGUCAUUUCAUUCGUGGGAGCCAAGUCAAGCACAAAUAUUGAAAUGUUUGCGUGGAACUAAAUUGAUCGACUGGCGUAGUGGGCCGCUAUUAACAAAUGUAGAUCUUGAAUUUUGUGAUGAGGUAAAAAAGAUUGCUUUAGCUCAUGGAGCAAGCGUACAACGUGCGAGACGUUGCCUCUGGCUGAUAUUAGAGCAUGAAAAAGCGACUAAACUCAAUAUUGAAAAGUUGAAAGAUGGCUUUACAGUUGACAAGCUAAGCACUGAUAAUGCUCCGCUCAUACACGAUUUAUGGGCGAACAAGAAAGAAGGUUCGCUGGGGUUCGUAAGUGGGCUCAUUGAGUUGAAUGAAACGGCAGGAAUUUUCAAAGUUGCCGACGGCGAACUGGUGGCAUGGGCUUUUCAAAAUGACUUCUCUGGUUUAGGUAUAUUACAAGUUGUAGAAGCGGAACAAAGAAAGGGAUUCGGUGGAGUUUUGGCAGCAUAUUUGUGUAAACAAGUGGCCGCAGCGGAACAAGUGCAUUUAUCAGCAUGGGUCGUUAGUGAAAAUUUCAAAUCAAAAGCUCUUUUAGAGAAACUAGGAUUUUACAUUUUAGCAACAGCAGAGUGGAUACAGUUAAAUAAGGCAUAAAAGAGGAUUUAAAAAGCACAUACUAAGGACCGUUUUCUCAAGUAACCUGUAACUUUAAGACUCACUUUAUGUUUAACGGGUGCAUCAAAAUUUAUGAUUAUGUCUAAAGUAAAGCAUAUUAUUAUCGGUUUUAUAUUGGUUUACAACCAAGAAACAUACAUACGUCAAAA